GCACAGAUCAAGCAUCGAAUCCUUUCGCAGAAGGCGGUCACGCGCACCUGAACGCGUGCGGAAUGACCAGCCUCGCCAUCAGAUGCUGCCUUGCUGCCCCGCUGCCAAGCCCAUCUUGCCACCAUCGACGAGGCUCUUUGCUCAAUGGCAUGUCGCUCCCCAUCCUUGCCAAUGCCAUUCAAGCUGUGAAGCAGGUCAUGCUGACCAUGGCUGACGCGGCCCCCCGCUCAGGGCUCUUUGAAGAAGCGCACACGGCUAUCCUCUGAGCGCUGCGACGCGGCCGAGGUUCGGUGUGACUUUGGCAGCUGGUUAGGCAGCUGGUCCGAGGGUCCCUGGAAAUUGAAAUGCGCUGAUGAUUCCGGCUAUCCGGGCG